AUGGGCGUGCACAGGCAGUUGCGUACAGAAACUGAUAUCUCCCAGUCCGCCCAGAGCAUGGCCAACAACAGGACCCUGUGUGCUGUGUCCUCUUUACCGUCAUGGCUCGCAGCACACGACAUCGGCGCGACGAUAGUGCUUGCAAUGGGCGACCUCAACGAAUCAUCCCCCUCCGAAGAGGUAGCCGACGUGCAGACGGACAAGAGCCAAAAAGACACCGACUCGGGCUUCCGUCGCGGACCGCGCAGCCGCCGAGUACGGCUUUGGGCCGAGGCGGUCGCUGAUCGCCUUCACCUUCAUCUAGGCCAGGGCCAUCGACGGCUACCUCAUCCCGCCCUUCUCCGAGAUGGUUGGGCGGCGGCGGCCCUACCUCGCCUCGUGCGCGGCCGUCAGCCUCUUCUGCCUGCUCGUGACGGCGGGCGGGCGGGCGGCGGCGGAAGCGGCUUCUACGUGGGCCGGUUCGUCACGGGCCUUGCCUCGGCGGCGCCCAGCGUCGUGGUGGCCGGGAGCGGCGAGGACAUGCUCAACGCCCCGCCGCCGCCGCCACUGCGGGCUUGUUACUGCUGGGCCGCGCAAGAUCCGCCGUCUGGGAAAGGAGAAAGGACUCCGCAGCCUGCGCUGGUCCAGCCCGGACUCGACCCCCGGACGCCAGGGGCGCUCCUCGAGGCCCGUCGCGGUCAGGCCGGUGCGCAUCCUGUGACGGAGCCGCACGUGCGCCUGCUGGGCAUCUACGAGGCCAUGGGGCUGGGCGAGACACGGGCGUCGCUGCCGUUCCUCGCCAUCGCCGUCGGCGUCCUACAGCCUGGAGACGCACCGGCAGGCAGGGCAAGGGACGCGGAGGGGACGGCAGAAAUAAGAAAAAAGGACGAGAACCAGCAGCGCAAGAACAUGCAAAGCCCAGCGGACAAGGAAUCGAGCAUAACCAACACUGCCCCCGGGAAAAGUCAUUCAUAG